AAUUUGCCUGGCGGGCACCCACAGCAGAUCUUUCCCAGGAGGUCAGAGGAUCCCUCUGAUGGGCAGCUGAUGGGACAGCCUUGUGCCCUGCAGCAGGAAGACGUUAUGUGAGCUGCUGUGUUAGUCCUCUGGAUCCUCAUGGUAUGCCUGAAGGACAGAUCUCUGCAUGUUCUGAAUGUGUCAGGUUGUCCUCAUGAAUACUCCCGUGGAGGAUGUCCCUGAUCUUCUUUGCCUGCGUGGUGAGGGUGAGGGAUGGGCUUCCCCUGUCGGCCUCCACGGAUUUCCAUUUCAACCAGGACUUUCUGGAAUGCAGGAGGAGAUUAAAGGCUUUAUCCUCAGGCCUGGCACGGUACCCAAGCCGAGGCACAGCGAAGGGACGGAACCUGAGCAUCCACUUCCUCUCCUCUGGGGAUGUUGCCUGCCUGGCAAUCUGUUCCAGCAGCUACUCCACCAUCAUGGCCUUCUGCUUCCUGGAGGAUCUUCUCUGGGAAUUCACUGCUUCCUACGACACAACCACCAUCAAUUUGGCUUCCAGGCCCUACGCCUUCAUUGAGUUUGAUAACACCAUUCAGAAGGUGAAAUCCCAGUUCAACAGUACCCGUGGCUCUCGAGCCAAGGCCAGCUGGGAGAAGGUGGAGGAGGAGCUGAAAUUCCAGCCCCCGGUUCAGCUGGAACUGGAGGACACGGAGCUGCUGAACGGGGUGACCAAUGGUGGGCCCUCAGGAGUCCAUGUGGAGGUUGUCCCUUCUUACAGAAUGCAGCCUGUGACCCCCCUGGGGAUCCUGUCACUGGUCCUGAACAUCAUGUGUGGGGCUCUGAACCUCAUCCGAGGAGUCCACCUGGCAGAGUAUUCAUUUCAGGAGGACCACGAAGGAAUUGGGAACGUGAUAGCUUUUUUUGUACCUUUUCUAGCCUGUGUUUUUCAGUGUUACUUGUACCUCUUCUACAGCUCUGGCAGGAAGGUGAAGACAUUCGUGCUCCUCUUCUGCGUCUGUUUUUGCAACAUCCACCUGUAUGGGCUGAGGAACCUCUGGCAAAUCGCCUUCCACAUGGGAGUGGCGUCCCUUUCCUCCCACCAGAUCCUGGCAAGGCAGCUCCUGGAGAAACAGCCUGACUGUGGCGUGUGAGAACACACUUGGGCUUUGCUGCUCGAUUUUUACAACUGGCCGUUUUUAAUUUGUUGUAUUCCCCUGGCCAAAACUAGCUGGGGGGGGAUUUUUAGGGAUUUGUGGCUGUUGCAAGGAGGGUGGUUCCCAGCCACCUGAAAUAAAGUAGGAUGCUGGAAUCACGUCCAGCACGCAGGGAGCGAGGAGUGUCGC